CUUAUUCUCAAUGUGGUGGCUUGAACCUAAUCAGCUUUACUGCUCCUCUUAGCAACCUCAAUUGUUCCUCGAGCCAUUUCGUACUAUCAUACAACAAAACCUUCACUUCCUUUCCUUCUCUAGUUGAUUAUGGCGGAAACAUGUAAAUGUGCUCUAUUUAUUCUUGCACUUAUUACUUGCUUUCAAAUUCUGUUCACUGAAGGCAGGCCAAUCAAGUCAACGAAUAAGCAGGAACUUGUUUCCAUUGGAAAGGACUCCAUAGAAGAUGUGGCCAAGCAGGGUUUGAAUACCAAAUCACACUACAGCAAUGCAAAGAACCAGAAAGUUUCUCUACCUGCACCCCCAAUUACUCACAAUCCUAGUGUUCACCAUUCCAAGGCAGGCAGAAAAGAAAUGCCCCAUCCUGCAGUCCCAAGCUUCGGCAAUUCUGCUGCUGUUUAUAAGGAUGAUUUUCGGCCAACAACACCGGGCGUUAGUCCUGGUGUUGGGCAUCCAAAGACAAUAGGGACUAACUCCAACAAUGAACAUUCUCUCACUGAUUUCAAAGAUGAUUUCCAGCCCACAACACCAGGUCACAGUCCUGGGGCUGGCCAUGCUCUUGCCAAUGAUGAUGACAAUGAGGAAGUUUCUCCAAAGGCACCUGGCCCUAGUAUCGAACGUUCUGGUACAGCAUUCAAACCCACAACACCAGGUCACAGUCCUGGGGCUGGCCAUGCUCUUGCCAAUGAUGAUGACAAUGAGGAAGUUUCUCCAAAGGCACCUGGCUCUGGUAUCGAACGUUCUGGUACAGCAUUCAAACCCACAACACCAGGUCACAGUCCUGGGGCUGGCCAUGCUGUUGCCAAUGAUGAUGACAAUGAGGAAGCUUCUCCAAAGGCACCUGGCUCUGGUAUCGAACGUUCUGGUACAGCAUUCAAACCCACAACACCAGGCCACAGUCCUGGGAUUGGCCAUCUUUUUUCUGAGAAUGACAGUGAAGAUCCUGAUACUAGCUCCAGUUCUGGAGAUUCUGUCACAGCAUCCAAACCAAAGACAACUGGUAACAGCCGUGGUAUUAGCCAUACGUUAUCAGCAGAUAAGAAUGAAAUUACUGCCUCAAAGGCUUCCAGCAUUGAACAUUCAGUCACAGGAGUCGCAGAUGAUUUCCGACCUACAGUACCAGGUCACAGCCCUGGGAUUGGUCAUGUUCUUCAAAACACGAACGAAGAACGGAAAGCAUAGAACAUGGAAUGUUGAUGUCAUAGACGAAUGGGUGGGUGCUCAUAUUAAGGAACAAACAAAAAGAGCAUGGACAUAUAUAGAUUGCAUAAGAAGCAUUAUUAUUUGGUAACUAUAACGUGUAAAUGCCCGAGUCAGCUAGGUGAUUUCCAUUAAUCCUGUUCAUAUGAUCAUUAAAUUCCUAGCUUAAUUAGUCCUUUAAUUCAAUAGUCUCUGCAUAACAGUAUCUAGCUAUGGCUGAAUGUAUAGAGUACUAUAGCCAAUAACUCUCUGUGUGUGUGUGUGUGUGUGUGUGUGUGUAGCGCCAUUGUACAUCCAAAUUGCAGGAAAUAUAAGUCUUUGAAUUUGCUUAA